AUGAGAUGGGGUACAAAGGCUGAUCAGCCUGAUGUGUGCGAUAUUCGAUCUGACCAAAAUUUCUUCCACUUGCUGCGCGCGUCCUACGAGACAUAUCGAGCCCAAAGUCGUUGGAGUUGUCUUAGCCAACUGGUCAAUAUUUCUCGGUCUUCCUUUCUGCCCAUUGGACCAGAUUUCGAUCAUGAAACAGCAGAUACUGAGCCGCCAAUCGGAGUCAAUCUUAUGAUGCAUUUGUUUGAAUAUCCUGAUCAUGCUGAUAUUUUUCCGGUACUUUUCAAAAGGAUACCUCGGAAGAUGAGAGAAAGAUUACAACCUUGUCCAGUUAAAGGGAGUUCCGAUGGAUGGGGUAUGCAGUUCGUGGAGACGCCGAACGAACUCUAUGUAUUCAUGUUCGGCUGUGCUGGAUUCCUUCUUUGUCUCGCGAUAUCGGUUACAUGGACGUUAGUCAAGAGUGAUGUUCAAGGAGGGUUUGCGAUUGGCGGAUUUGCUCUCGCAUUCACACUAUUUUGCGGCGGAUUACUUCACUCUUACAGUACCUGA